AUGGAUGCACACGCACCUCUGAGGAGUGGGGUAGCGAGUAGUGCAUGCUCCGACCUACGGGAGCUGAACGAGGCAAAGGUGGUGAACAUCCUCGCCUACUUGGAGAGUGCCGUAAUGCCGCAGCAGCAGCAGCAGCAGCAGCAGCCGCAGCCGCAGCAUGAGCUGUGUACAUCGGAGAGCAUCCCGCUGACACCGUCGACUACACCGAAUCCCGCACAGUACGAAAGACCGCCGUCCGCGUCGCUGCUGCAACAACAACAAGAACAACAACAACAUCUGCCUAGUGCCUCCGCAUCAUGUCUCACAUCGUAUAUCAUUGGGGGAAGCCUUGAACCGCACAUUGGUGUGUACCACGGCAUUAAGGCCAAGAUCGAGGCCCUGCGCUACAGCAAUGACGAGCUGCGGGCGGAGAAUGAUGAGCUGAAGGCGAGACUAAGCACUGCACGGCAGCGAGAGGAAGAGCGUGUGGGGAAAUCGCAAGCUCUGGCGCGCGAGAAGCUGGAGUCGCUACGUGCUGCGAUUUGUGAGUCGGAGAAAAAACACAACCUCACACAACAAGAGCUUCUGCGCGAGAAGGGGCAGCUCACUAAGGCAGUGGAGUCGCUUACUUCGCAGCUGCGGCAGGAGAUGUCGAAGCGAGAGGAAGAGGUUGCGAAACUGGAGUCCGCCAAUGCGGCCGCUAUUGCGCAGCUCAAGACGAAGUGGCAGGCACAGGAGAAGGCUGCGCGCGACAAAUGGAAGAUGGCGGAGGCGAGGCGCAUCAAGGAAAGUACACUGCAGUCGUUGGAGCCCGACAUUGUUUUGCUUCUGAACCGACACAAGGCAGAGAAGGCGCGCAUGCGGGAGGAAUUCGAGAACGAGUUGCGGCAGCGUGACGAGGUCAUUGCUGCAAAGGAGGCGACGCUGGAGGAGGCAAAGGCGAAGUUGGCGCGCGACGCUGAGACAAUGAUGGCUCGUGAGCAGAAGGAAUUUCAUGAGCGCCUUGCGGCUGAGGUUGAGCGCGUGAACCGCCAGCUUGAAGAAGAACGACGCGCAGCAAAGCAAAAGCGCGACGACACUGAGGCGUUUUUUGAAGAGCAGAAGACUACGAUGCAGCGCGAGAUUGCGCGGCUACAGAAGGAGCUCUUUGUGCUGAAGGAAGCGGCCACAACGGACAAGGCCACGUUUCAUGACGCAGUGGCGAAGGAGGUGGCGAGCAUCACUGAAAACUCCAACCAGAUCCUUGCAAACCUGAAGGAGAAGCUCAUGUGGGAGUCCAGCCGCAGGGAGGAUGAGACACAGACCCGCAACGCGCAGUACCUGGCGGCGAAGGAGGAGGAGCUUCGACGCAAAUGCGAGGCGGAGCGCGACGCCGCUGUGGCGGAGGCGACGCGGAGGCUUGAGCAGGAGCGCAUGAAGUCCAUUACGGAGUCGCACAGCAACGACAGUUUGCUGCGCGACCGCUACGCGCAGAUAAGUCGGGAGAACGAGCGACUUCGGGUUGAGGCGGAGUUGGUGCAGGAGCAACUGAAGGCCGCCCUCGACACGAUUGGGCGGAAGGAGGAGGAGAUGGCGCGGCUGCGAGAGGCGGCGGAUCUCACUGACCAGCGGGUGAGGGCAAUUGAGAACAAAAUACGCGGCGAGUGUGACACGCGACUCCACGUGCUCGACGCUGAGUGGCAGCGGAAGCUGCGGCAGUUCGAGAUAAGGCACGUGGAGGAGGUCGGCACGAUGCAGCACGAGCUGGAAAAGGCGGCCAUAGAUGUAGAGGCUGCAAAGAAUGCAGCCACAUUGGAACAGAGGAGCAUAGAGCAGAAGCACAACGCGGAGCUGACGAGUAUUAAUGAGCGGGUGCUGGUAGCACUCGCCACGAAGGACAACACGUUGAAGGCGCAGGCGGAGCAGAUAAGUCUUCUGCAGGAGGCACUCCGGCUGCGCGAUGAGCACAUCGCCAGGCAUCGCGAGUUAUUGUGA